GAGCCGUGAGCGAGCCGACGUAGAGCGGAUCAGUGUGGUUCUCAGUCAACUCCCUUCCUCUUCCCCUGAUGUACCGCCAGCUUCCUUCCCCUUCCUUUUCCAGAAAAUUUCCUAAGUUUUACCCGCGAAUUUUACAGGUGGCCCAUAAAUUAGUCCAACCAGCGGACAAAACUUUAAAGACAAUGGCAGUUGAAUUUGCUGAAUAUCAGGUUUGUGUCGACUUAUUUAUCACUACCCAGUCAGACUCAUACAUAGACAUUGCUUCUGUCUCUGUCAUACCAAGAACAACUGGAGGGCAGUUUUACUAUUAUUACCCCUUCUCAACUGUCUCUGAUUCUCAAAGCUCUACAACGAUAAAGGUUUUGAGGCGGUGAUGCGUGUAAGAUACAGCCAGGGUAUUCAUAUUCAAGAGUACCAUGGAAGAUUUUGCAAACGUAUUCCUUGAUAAGCCCACUUCGGAUAUUCCUCAAUCCACGUCCGCACACAUUCAAACGGACUCUUCCUCCUGGAGUUUGAGUUCAUCUCCAACACUGAAGCGCCACAGUCCAACAGCCACACAACUCUCUCCUAUCUGAUAUACUUUCAACUAUUUGUAUUUAUCUCUUCAAUGUACCAAACUGAUCCAUUGUACCCCUAUAUAUAUGAAUGAAUGAACACUCACUCGGUAUCGAGUUGAGCUUAUACAAUUUGAGUCCUAUAUUUUCAGUUUCAAAUCUCUUUUAUGGUAUCUCAGAGCUGAAAGUCUAACGACCAAAAGCUUCAAUUUUUUUUCAAUGGCGUCCAGUUCUAGUCCCUCCAACCCCACU